AUGAGUAGCGAUGGAGCACGUGCAAUGUCAGGUAUUCGUACUGGACUUUUUCCAAGAGUAAAAGCUGUAGCGCCGGAAUGUGUAUGGGUUCAUUGUAGUAUUCACAGAGAGGCAUUAGUGGUCAAAAAAAUGCCAUUGUCUUUAACUGAAACGAUGCAAGAGUGUGUAAAAUUUAUAAAUUUUAUUAAAUCUCGUCCACUAAACUCGAGAAUAUUUUCUGCUUUGUGCAAAGAAAUGGGGAGUGAUCAUGAACAUCUUCUUUUACACUGUGAGGUGCGAUGGCUAUCGAGAGGGAAUGUCUUGAAAAGACUAAUCGAAUUGAAGGAAGAAGUUUCGGUAUUCUUAGAACAAAAUCCUCCAACAUCUAAAGAUGCAAUAUUUGAAUUUAAAGACAGAUUUCAUGAUGCUAAUUGGUUAGUUAAGGUAGCCUACAUUUGUGAUGUGUUUGAUUUUUUGAAUAAUUUAAAUUUGGCACUUCAAGGUGAAAAUGUGACAAUAUUUAAAGUGCAGGAGAAGGUGGAAGCUGCAACAAAAAAACUUAAUUUGUGGUCACGUCGCAUAAAAACAGGAAAUUACGAGGCUUUUACAAUGCUGACAGCAUUUCAAAAAGAGAAUAACAUAAGUUUCAUGCCACACGAUAUAUCAGCUCUUAUUCAGGAACAUUUGCAAGGACUGGAAACUAAUCUAAAAGAAUAUUUUCCUCCAAUUAACAGUAACAAAGAAUGGAUAAGAAACCCAUUUUCAAUCAAUAUUGAAACAACUUUUUCGGACUUAAAUGUUGAAUCAUUAAUUGAACUCUCGUGUGACACGGCACUCAAAGACAUAUAA